AUGGCUCCAGCUGCACCAGGUCUUCCUACCCGAUUCCCCUGCUGGUGUCAGGCUGUAUAUUCAUGGGGCGGAGAGACAAAACGAGACCUAGGGUUUGUGGAAGGAGACCUUAUUGAAUGCUUGAAUGCUGGUGAUGGAUCAUGGUGGACUGGCCGCCUACGUCGAGAUAAACGCAUGGUUGGCGUGUUUCCCUCAAACUUUGUCAAGGUUCUUGGGGACGACUUUGUCCCUGGGAGCCGGUCGGUCAGUCCAAUGCCUGGUGGACCUGCAGGCUUGACGAUGGAUUUACGCCGGAUAUCAGCCUCCAAUUCUGCUGCAUCACCCAGGAAACAAAAGACUUUCCGAAAGCCCUUUCAGGGGUACAAAGAGGCCGUAGGGCCGUCUGAAGCUUUGAGGAAGAGGCAGAAUGAUGAUAAUAUGAACAACAACAAGAACAACAACAAUAGCAACGUCAAUAAUAAUAAUGAAAAUCAUAUUAACAAUACUGGGCAAACCGUUUCGGCUUCGGGGAAUCCGUCAAGAGCGAGUACAGGCUCGGCAGGGACGCCUCCAGCGUCGAGCAAACAUCGUGGAUCUCUUUCACGUCAAUCUCCUCGCCAUUCUCCACACUCUGAUCCCCCUGCUCCAGUUCAACAUCGAUCGUCCAUUUCUCACGCCAUAUCUCCCUCACCCGGUCAGCAUGCAGGGUCGGUUCGCCGGGAAAUAUCUCCUGCACCUAUUCAACAUCGUGGUUCUUUCUCACAUCAUCCCACUUCCCCCCUUCCGCCGCGAAUGCAUAGCCAAUCACCUAUUCCCACACCCGAUGAUAUGGAUCAUGUAUACCCUACCAAAGCCAGGACUCCCUCUCCACAUUCGCACUCUCCUGCCAUUUACGGUCACACCCCAUCUCCUCUAAGAGAUGCUAUGGAAGACGUCAUGUCUUCUUUACAAGAUAUGGGUCUAAAUCACGACGGUCCGGUAGAACACCCGCGUCGCUCUCCUUCACCCUUCCAUCCGUGGUCCCCAGAAGCGUUUGAUAAGCUUCAUAAGAACGACGUGCCUAAUCCAAUUCAGCGCCCUAUGACUUCCUUAGGGCUAGGUGGUGGUGAUGACCAGCUACAGGAGAACAGUCACCAUAAUUUUACGCACCAAUACAAUGAUGGGCCUCCGCAACUCAAUAAUUAUGUGCAGAGGAUGGAGAGCAGACUCCGCAAGUUACAUGCGCAAAGUAGAAAGUCCUCCGAUGAGCUUCAUAUUUCGCCUAGUAGUAAAGACCUCCCGCCCAUACCUCCCCCGAAAGGACCUUCCGAUUCCAGGCCACAGUCAUCUUCAAAUCAAGAUAACCCGGGAUCACGAUUAAGAAUCCGAAGAUCUGCCUACGAAUUGGGCAAAGAUGUCCUUGAACGGACGUUUACGACAAAAUCCAGUGCCACAACUUCUUCCAGUGGUGUCCAAAGCAAUGCAACUAGCAGUACCUCCAGCACAGGACGUACAAACCAAAGUGUUAUGAGUGGCCCAUCAGCUUCAGGGUUGAGCGCAACCAGUGCCGCCAGCUAUGCACGGCAUACCAAUAGACCAAAUACUGCCAUGGAUAAUCUUCGCCCCUCUGGGCUAAUUGGUUCUGAUAAAUCUUCUGACAGCGGACUCCGGCCUCAAACACCGCUGACCGGAAUUUCCUACCACUCCAGCCAUGAUUCCUCUAGGCAAGGAGCAACUUCUGCUGUCGGAUGGAACGAAUAUAGUAAAGAUGCUCCAAGCAUGUAUGGCGGUCUCACCACACUCAAGUCAAAGAAAACAGGCUUUUUCAAGAAAAUCAUUGAGUCUGCUAAAACAGGAGCUGCGACUGCAAGGAGCAAUAUUGCUGCAGGCCCUGGUGGAGCCGUAUCGCCGACUAAGAGCCGCAUGGCUGUGGGAAUAUCAUCUUAUGCAUCACCUCACUCGGCGAAAAGUGUGGCAAGAGACACAGGCUUGGGUGCAUCUGUGGAUUGGGUUCAGGUGCGGCGGGACGUCAACAGGUGUACUACGCCAAGCCAUCAUGAACUAAUUGAGAGAGCGGAGAGAUGCCAGAUGCUCGAUUAUCCAGUAAUAUACGCUGUGGAGGAACUGUAUGAAAGUGCAGAGGGAGAUGAAGGAAUAGAUGGCCUACCAAUUGCAGAGCCUACCAAUUGGGCUGCUGUGAACCUACAACUAGUGGACAAGAGUGUUCGGUUCAUAAGUAGCCUACCUGCAAUGAUAAACCCAAUUGGCUUAUCCCAAGGGUACAUAUGUCGCCCGCAUCGCAGUGAUGGACAGCGGUUACGUGCCAUAUUUACUUGGGUAGCCGAAAGGAUUGCAUGGGAUGAUGAUAUUGAUGGUGACGUUGAUUUAAAGAGGGUGCUCUAUAUGAAAAGAGGGUCCCCAAAAGAAGUUGCCUAUUUAGUACAGGAAAUGUGUUCCGCCGUUGGCCUGCAUGCUGAGGUAGUUCAUGGCUACCUGAAAACACCAGGAGAGCAACUAGAUCUUGAUAGUCUCUCCCAUCCAAAUCACUGGUGGAAUGCGGUAUUGAUAGAUGGCGAGUGGCGGAUCAUGGAUUGCUCCUUGGCAAGCCCGACCCACCCACGAAGAAGCUUGUACUCGAGUUUCAAUUCUCAGGCUGCUGAAAGCUGGUAUUUCCUGGCCCGUCCUAUGGAAAUUUGCUACUCUCACGUUCCCAUUAACCCCGAACAACAACAUAUCUGCCCACCCGUAUCACCCGAUGUUCUUCUUGCGUUACCCUGUGCUUGUCCUCCAUUCUUUAAGAACAACCUGCGGUUCCCUAAUUAUGACACAAGCCUUAUUCGGAUCAACGGGCUUGAAGCUGUCCAGCUUCGUGUUCACGUACCUCCUGAUGUUGAAUGCGUUGCCGAAGUUGAGGCCCUUUCAUUUGACCGUGAUAUGGAUGGUGACCUCUUUGAAAAUGGUGACAUUUCCAAGAAGCGUGCACUCGCACAGCCGGACUGGAUUGGUGGGCAAAAACGCUUUACCAUAAAGGCAGUCUUGCCUGGAGAUGAGGGGCAGGGAGUUUUAAAAGUAUAUGUUGGGAAGAAGGGAUUGAUGCAUUCUAUCAAAGAUAUUCCUCACCCUCUAGCAUUUGCACUCCCGAUCACCCACACAGGGGAUAACCCGACCUAUGACUUCAUCCUCCGCCACCCGACGCCUCACGCCCAACGUCACGACCUUUACGUUAUUCAACCACAAUGCGCCAAGCUUGCAGUAAACAACACCUUCGUCUUCGCAGUCCGCCAACAUCCAUCGUCCCUUCCGUCCAGCUCCCCGAAUCCCAACGAUGGCAACGGUCGCAUCUCCCCGAACCCCUUCGCCCGCCCUACCAGCGCGCUCAGCAUGGGAUCUUCCGUUGCCGCAAGCUCAAACGCGUCCUCAGGCUCCUCGUAUAUCAAUCAAACGUUCUCCGCCUCUAGCUCUAAUGUCUCGUCGAAUGGCAAACAGUCGCAGCACCCCCUCAAGCCUGCGAAGCUAGCUAUACAAGCACCUUCAGGGAGAAUAUUAAGACUGACACGCAAAUCUGAGCACGCCCUCACUACCAGCAUUUGUGGAGAUCUAACAGGAGAUGGCCCACCUGACGGCAGCGUGUGGGAGACGGUGAUUAAGGUUGGUGAGACAGGUGUUUGGAGAGGCCUGGUACUUGCUGACCGCAGUGCAAGGUGGUGUGUCUUUGGGGAGUGGGAGUGUUUCUGA